CGGUGCAGGGAUGCCAUAAAGACAGAGAGAUGUGAGGCCCGGGUGCCCAUGCCGUCUGCCUGUGCAGGGGAAAGCGAGCGCCCUGGGGUAGCUGCGGGGCGCUGGCAGGGCUGUCGGUGGGCCGGGGCGGUUUCUCCCCGGCACGGCGCGGUGCGGUGUGGCAGCCCCGGGGUAGGUUAGCUGAUCUCCGAGGGCUGACAUUUAUAAACAUCAGCCGCUCCCGGGGAAUCGAUCGAGUUUAAUAACCGGCGGGCGGAGACGGCAGGCACAGCCCAGCCACGCUCUGCGGCUCCCCGAAUGUUAGGCUAAAUCCUACGCCCUGCCUCGAUUGCGUUAACCGCACGGCAGAGGCCACGGGAGAUCUGCUCCACCGAAGGCCAUCGGGCUGGGAAAUGGGACUGGCAGCGUGAUGGAAGAUGAACCGCCCCAUCCAGGUGAAGCCAGCUGACAGCGAGGGCCGAGGUGAAGACAGGAAGCUCUUUGUGGGCAUGCUGGGGAAGCAGCAGAGCGAGGAUGACGUCCGGCGCCUCUUCGAGCCUUUCGGCCAGAUCGAGGAGUGCACCAUCCUCCGUGGGCCCGACGGCGCCAGCAAAGGUUGUGCCUUUGUGAAAUACGGCAGCCACGCCGAGGCCCAGGCUGCCAUCAACAGCCUGCACGGCAGCCAAACCAUGCCGGGCGCCUCGUCCAGCCUGGUGGUGAAGUUUGCGGACACGGACAAGGAGCGGACCCUGCGGCGGAUGCAUCAGAUGGCAGGGCAGCUGGGCAUCUUCAACCCCAUGACCAUCCAGUUCGGCGCCUACGGGGCAUACACGCAAGCGAUCAUGCAGCAGCAGGCAGCCCUGAUGGCAGCCGCGCAGGGGACCUGCCUGAACCCCAUGGCCGCCAUCGCCGCCGCCCAGAUGCAGCAGAUGGCCGCCUUCAACGUCAGCGGGCUGGUGGCCGCCCCGCUCACCCCCUCUUCAGGUACCAGCACCCCGCCCGGGAUCAGCACCGCGCCCGUGCCCAGCAUCGCCACACCCAUCGGGGUCAACGGCUUCAGCCCGCUGCCGCCGCAGACCAACGGGCAGCCUGCCUCCGACACCAUCUACACCAACGGCAUCCACCCCUACCCAGCUCAAAGCCCCACGGUGGCAGAUCCCCUCCAGCAGGCCUACGCAGGCAUGCAGCACUAUGCAGCAGCAUACCCCACCGCCUACGCGCCCAUCAGCCAAGCCUUCCCCCAGCAAGCGCCCCUCAUCCCGCAGCAGCAGCGAGAAGGUGAGGCCUUCCGGGGGGCUCCUCGCCGGCCCCCUCCCCCGCCGGAGACCCCCCGCCUGCUGGCUGACCUGUGGCUGUCCUUUGUGUCCCCCCCGCCAGGUCCCGAGGGCUGUAACCUGUUUAUUUAUCACCUGCCCCAGGAGUUCGGGGACGCGGAGCUCACGCAGAUGUUCUUGCCUUUCGGCAACGUCAUCUCUGCCAAAGUCUUUGUGGACCGUGCCACCAACCAGAGCAAAUGCUUUGGUUUCGUCAGCUUCGACAAUCCGACCAGCGCUCAGGCAGCCAUUCAGGCCAUGAACGGCUUCCAGAUCGGCAUGAAGAGGCUAAAAGUGCAGCUAAAGCGGCCGAAAGAUGCCAACAGACCCUACUGACCCCUGCUCACCCUGGUCCUAAGGACAGGUCGGGCGUCCCGCGGUGUCUGACGACUUUCCCCUUCCCCACGUGCAGUAUCCAAACCUGUAACUCUCUUUCUUUGCAACACAUCCCGGAGGAGGAGGAAGAGGAGGAGGUGACGGAGAAGGCAGCGAAGAGGAGAAACCAUUCUGGUUGUAGCUUUUCUGUUUUGAUUUCUUUUCCCAAACCGGUCUUGUUUGCGACUUAACGGGAACGAGUGAGCGAGGAGGAGGAGAAGGAGGAGGAGAAGGAGGAGGAGGAGAAGGAGGAGGAGAAGGAGGAGAAGGAGGAGGAGAAGGAGGAGGAGGAGGAGAAGGAGGAGAAGGAGGAGGAGGAAGGAAGAGAACGAUGCCACUCCGGGGCUGCCACUCGCCGCCGGCCGCUCGCCGGGACUCAGCCGCAGCCCUCCCCAGGAGGAAGAAGGACGGCCCCGGGCGGCAGAGGCCAAGCAUCUGCCCUGGCUUCUGGUUGGUUUCUUUUUUCCCCCCAGUUGUUGUUUUUAAAGCACUCAUUUUGCUGCUACCGAUUUCCCAGGAGAAAAAAAAACAGAACAAAGAGAGGCUCCAAACGGAUUCUUUAAACCAAAGCCGGUGGGACGGGACCAGCCUCGGGCGCUUCACCUGGAGGAGAGGAGCAGGAGGAGGAGCAGGAGGAUGCUUGGUUGGAAAAAAGAGAAAAGGGCAAAGAUUUGCUUUUUUUUUUUGGGGGGAGGGAGGGGUUGUUGGUUUUUUGUUGUUGUUGAGGGGGGGGGAGGGGAUUUGGUUGUUUGGUUUGGGUUUUUUUUUCCCCCCCACUCACGGUUGGGAAGAAAAAAGAAAGAAAAAGAAAAGAAAGAAAGAAGGAAAAGAAAGAAAAGAAAGAAAGAAGGAAAAGAAAGAAAAGAAAGAAAGAAGGAGAAGGAAAGAAAGCAAAAAAAAAAAGGAAAGAAAAAAACAAAGCAAACGCAAAACAAAAGCAAAACAACGAAAAGAAAGGAAACGAAAGAAAAAAGCCAAACAAACAAACAAAAAAAAACCACACACACAAAACAAACAAAAAAUGAAAGCGAGGAAGGA